AAGCGAGCAAGAUCUAUUUUCUGUUCCGUUGUAGAUGCUUUCACCGCCUAUCUGUCAAGGCUUAUCGAAAGAAUUAUCAAAAUUGUUGCACAAUGAGUAUUCCUGCGAAAUGGUGGUAUUGUGGUUUCUUGGUACCACUUCCUUCCUGUUGGAUCGUACAGUCACUCAUUCUAUUCGCUGAGCCUUUGCAGUUUGCGAUCUUACCUUGUCGAUUCACCAUUUUAUCAUACAUUUUUCCACAGUGGAAUACAAUGUCCUGUCUGUAAACCUCGUAACUGUCGGUGCAACUCGUCGAGCACUUAACAGUUACCGUACUCGUUAAUGUAAACUUAUUAACACGUUUAGUUUAUAACGUUAAUAAGUACUGUGUAUUUAUUGACACGUUUGGUUUUGUGUAAAAGGGAAUCCCGUGUAACUUUUUCACUCGCAGUAGUUCAGAAAAAAUGUGGCGUUUAAUACUUUUAAUGCUGGCAAAUUGUGCACUCGCUUAUAAUAUUGAUACGGACAAUGUUAAACUGUUCGAUGACCCUGCUAGAGGUGAAAGAUCCAGGGGAAGUUACUUCGGUUAUUCCGUAGCCCUUUAUACAGAAGAGUCUUCAGGCUCUAGGAUUUCGCUGGUUCUUGUCGGAGCACCGCGGGCGAAUAACAGUCAACAAAGUUCUGUCAAAGAGCCGGGAAUUGUGUUUAAGUGCCCUGUAGAAAUAGGAAGUGAGUGUAAGGAGUGGUUUUUAGACAAUACUAAAAACGGCAGACGACCUCGUUACAAUCAUGUCAUACAGGAGAAGGAUAAUGCCUGGACGGGCGCGACGAUUGCGAUACAAAACGGCUCAAAACCUAAAGUUGUGGUCUGCGCACCACGUUGGAAAAAUACGUUCCCGAAUGGAAGACAGGUUUCGUACAUGAAUGGUCUUUGUUACUGGACAACUAUAAAUAGUAACAAAUCAUUCGAGAUGGAAGCCACUAAUUUACUCUUCUCAAGCUCGGAAGUCGCCCAACAGACUGCCGAUUUAAGUUACGCAAGAAUCUACAACUUCGGCAUGAGCGAAAUGGGAUUUUCACUACACACGUUUUACGAUAAACCCCGUUUCAAUAUUCUGGCAGGUAGCCCAGGUGUUUUCAAUUGGAAAGGCGUACCUAUAUUGUUUAAAGAGACAACUUCGGGAUACGAAAGAAUUAUUCCUUACAUAAGCGACGAGUAUAUGCUCCAAGGGAACGAGUACUUCGGGUACUCUCAGACGUCGGGAUAUUACUUCAAGGACGGUCAACGUUUGUUCGCAUCGGCAGCUCCCCGAGGUGCGCAAUUACGAGGGAAAGUAAUCGUUUUCUCGUUACCUCAGUUGUCCGGUAAAAAGAUAUCCAUUGUGAGGAUCUUAGAAGGCGAGGAACUUGGUGAAUAUUUUGGCGGGGCCUUGACAACCUGUGAUUUAAACAAUGACGGUAGAGAUGAUUUAAUAGUUGGAGCGCCUUCGUGGGGAAAAGAAAUAGAGGAAGGACGCGUGUACUUGUUUAAGGGAAGGACCGAUGAGAAUUUUCAAAUGCAAAGUUUCGACGGAGAAGUCCCCAGAGGAAGGUUCGGGACAACUGUAACUUGUCUGGGUGAUAUCGACCGUGAUAAUUAUAUGGACAUUGCUGUUGGGGCACCGUAUGAAAAUGAUCACGGGGCUGUGUAUAUUUUUAAUGGAGGAAUGCACGGAUUGCCACGAAGGUACAGCCAGAAAAUCUCUGGUUCCCCUGGCUUGGGAGGAAUUCGCGGUUUUGGUAUCUCCAUUUCCGAGCCUCGUGAUAUUGACGGCAAUGGAUAUCUGGAUUUCGCCGUGGGCGCUUAUUUGUCGGGACAUGUUAUUUUAUUCUACUCUAGACCGGUCGUUACCCUAACUGUUAAAGUGACGUACUCUGGGAAGUUGAAGCUGCAGGCCAAUUCGACGUACUUUUUCAUUGACGUGUGCACAUUUUAUGCCGGCAGUAAUGUGCCCAAGACGUUAAACCUGACGAGGAUUUUAAAACUCGACGAAACAUAUGGCAGGGUGAGAUAUGGAAAGGAGAAAACCGAUGCCAGGAUAUUCAAGAUUCCUGAUAUCGUGGAGAGAGGAACAAACUUAUGCAGUCAGUUGAAACUCCUUAUUAACGAGGCCAUACAGAAUGUCGUCGACCCGAUCGAAAUAUUCGUAUCUUUGCAUUUGAGCAACGAACUUGAAGACAAAUCGAGAUGUUCAUCUUGCCCCGUUGUUAACAAAGACCUGUCAAAAGUAGAAGAUGCCAUAUCGUUGCCCUUUGCCGUGGAUUGCGGCAACGACGACAUUUGCAUGACAGACUUGGAAGCAAAACUUACAACCAAUUUGCCGAGUGGUGACCGCUUCGUCAUCGGCUCCACAUUUCCCAUCAAAUUGGAUAUCACUGUUCGUAAUAGAGCCGAACCGGCUUAUCAGACUCGGGCGAUUUUGUAUAUACCAGAGCCCCUGGCAUUGGGGAGUUUGCCGCCAGAAUGCACUGAAAGUUGCCGCAGAAACGGCUCACUGGAAGUAAUUUGUAACAUUGACAACCCGCUUAGAACGAGCAAGACGUCAGUCUUGGAGCUGGAUGCCAGUGGUGUACCGACUGACUACGAGCAGUUGCAAAUUGUUGCAAAGGUUAUUACUCAAAGCGAGGAGAUCACUCCAGGCGAUAACAUCGAUCGGUUGACUAUUUAUUUUGACGUCGAUGUGAACUUGGCAAUAGUUGGGAAAGCGCAAGAAGACUUGUACUCGUAUUUUCAUAGAGACGAGGAGGAGCGAUUAAGAAGCAUAAGGUUUCAACACAUUUAUGAGGUACAGAAACUCGGAGUAAGUCCCAUCGAAGAAAGCGUACUCUCUGUCCUAAUGCCGACACAUGUAAUGGAUGAAAAUCGGCCUCGUCAGAUCGUAAAUGUCAAUGAAACAAUUGGGUACAAGGACGGCCGCCACCUGUUUUGCACAGUAACUAAUCAGUCAGCUGAUCCGGAUCCUAAAGGACAAUUUCUUUCUGGAGUAUUUAGAAAUAAUCAAUACAGUAUAUCGAAUGAAAUGAGGAAUUACUUCUCUGGGGUCAAGGGACAAGAAGGAAAGUCUAAUGACUCCGAGAAGGACAAUCAGCUAUUGAACGUUCCUAGGGAGAACAGGACGCUGUUUAUAAACUGUACAAAUCCAGCAGUACUUUGUGCAAAUAUCAGUUGUAGUUUAGGAAGCUUCGAAAGUUCAUUGUCGACUGUCAAGCUUUUGGUUACGUUAGACUUGCAGUUGUCAAAUUUGAAACCUUCUGCCAUGGAGGGGAAGGAUAUUAUAUAUUACGUGUCAAUGGGCAGUGUUAAAAUGACACAUCCGGAUCGCGUGGUUCAGACUGUGGGAGACAAAUAUAAUAAUGUCCUUGUUGCAACGACAUUCGUUGGAUCACCGAUUAAGGGUCAUGUUGCUCUAUGGGUUAUUGUUUUGUCAGUUUUCCUUGGAAUCGUGUUACUCAUUCUUUUAGUUUUGGGAUUGAUAAAAUACGGCUUCUUCAGUAGAAAAAAGAAAAUGGAGCUUGAAGCAUUGAUGGCGGAAACUGAUAAAACGGACAUGAUCGUGUUAGAAACGAGUUCCUCAAUGGAAGUUUUGGACCAAAAUUAAUUCCCUGAAGUGGGUAGAAAACAAGAUAAUGUUUUUACAACUAACAUUGAUAAUUUAUUUAAAUAUACUUGUCAAAGCU